AUGACAACGGCAGCGACGCAGAGACUAAUUGAACAGGCUUGGCGGGUGGGGCUGCCACCUGACCAGUUGGAGAACUUUCUCUCUGCUGGCUAUGUGGCCCAGCCCAAGCAGAUGGAGUUCCAUGCCGCGGCGCGCUUGGCCGAUGAGCCGGAUGGACCGGAUGAGGUUGGCUUUGGUGGGGCGCGUGGGCCUGGCAAGUCACACGCCAUCAUGAGCCAGGUGGCACUGGAUGAUUGUCGUCGGGUGCCGGGGCUGAAAGCGCUCUAUCUGCGCAAGGUCGGCAAACAGGCCCGAGAGCAAUUUGACGACCUACGCCGGUCGGUCUUGCGCCACGUGUCCCACAAGUACAACCGCAACGAAGGUGUGGUCACGUUGUGGGAUGACAGUCGCAUCUUUAUCGGCCAUUUCAAGGAUGAGAAAGAUGUCGAUAACUAUCUCGGUAUUGAGUAUGACCUGAUUGCGAUUGAAGAGUGUACCACCCUGACGCUGACCAAGUAUCGAGCGUUGCGGGACUCGAACCGGACCAGCAAACCAGGUUGGCGGCCACGCAUCUACAACAGCACCAACCCGGGCAAUAUCGGCCAUGCCUGGUACAAGCAGAAGUUCAUUGCGCCAGCCCGUGAUGGGUGUGAGCACUUCACCCGCUUUGUCUUUGCGACGGUCGACGACAACCAGUUCAUCGAUCAGGACUAUAAGCGGAAACUGGAAGAGAACACAGGCGUCGAUGUCUUUGCGCAACGGGGUGGCUCGCAGACGAUUGCCGAGCAGUAUGCAGAAAAGGGCAUCCAAUUGCAACGGGCUAACACUGACCGCAUCAAUGGUGCGGCUGAGGUGCUGCGACGAUUGGGGGAUGCAGAGAACGGUAUUCGUCAGACUCUUUUCAUCUUCAAUCGUUGUCGCUAUCUGAUUGAGUGUAUCCCGGCCAUGGAGCAUGACCCGAAUCGCCCCGAGGAUGUGCUGAAGGUCGACAUCGAUGAGGACGGCAAUGGCGGCGACGAUUGCUACGAUUCAUGCCGCUAUGGCCUAAUGGCGGCGACCAGUGGCGGGUCGUAUGUGUUGGAGUAUCGGCGCUACUAUGAGGGGCUGCAAGACACCUUUUUGACGGCCAGGCUCAAAGAGUUCCUGAAUGCCAAGGACGAUCACGAGUUCAAUCUCAAUGUCUGUCGCACGGUGAUUGAGGCGGUCGAAGAGCGGCUGAUCGUGACGGGUGUUUCGACCAAUGAACCGGAAGAGGGUAAGCGGCCCGUGGCUGUGUGGGCAGAUGGGUUGUGGGACCAGUCACGUUGUGCGUUGCUGCAACAGUCUAUUUAUGAAGGGGCGUUGCGGGAUGGGGAAUAUUUUGUGCUGGUUGACUGGGAUAGUGAGAACCAGCGACCACGAUUCACACCCCAUCAGCGCUUUGUCGACAGCACUGCCCAAGGCGAUGGCUUUGGCUGCAAGGCCCACUAUCCGGAUGACGAUACGAAUCAGCCGUUGCAGUACAUCAGCAAGCGGUGGAUUGAAAAGCUAGACACGCAGGGAAAGACCCGAUCCCGCAUGACACUCUAUUUCCCUGAUCGUGUCGAGAAGUAUCAGUGGGUUGGUUCGGAUUGGGUGGAAUUUCAAGACGAAGGCGAUGGCGGUUGGCCCAUCCGUUGGGUUGAUAAGGUUGGGCAGCCGCUGGGCAUCGCGGGCGUCCACUUCCCGAAUACGCCAGAUUUGCGCCCCGAACAUUGGGACUCUAUCCCGUUGCAGAAGGCAAUCAACAAGCUAUUGCUGGAUCUGUUGGCAGCCGGUGAUGUGGCGGGCUUCCGAUUGCUCUUCACGUAUGGGUGGAUUCCGACCACCGAUGGACAGCCGCCCAAGGCUGAUAACAGCAAUCUGGCCACGAUUGCACCCGGCAAGAUUCUGGGGACGAAUCGCCCCAAGAGUGAAGCGGGUACCGAUGUGGUACCACCGACUGAGCUCCGACCAUUGAUCGAGGCGAUUCAGAGCACCAUCGGUUGGCUGGCCAUCGUGACCUCUACACCCGAAAGCCGUUUGUCAUUCACGCGCCAGAUUGCGGCGGAAGGGACGUUGCAAGAACAGAAUGAGGGACUUUUCGCCAAAAUUCGUAAGCGCAAGAUGCGGUUUGAUGCUGCCUGGCAGGAUGUGUUUGCGUUGGCACGAAAGCUAGACAACACCUUUGGCAAUGAUGAACUGGAUGAGGAUGUAGCCUUCAUCAUCCAAUGGGAGCCGGUGCAGAGCCGUGACACCGAAGAUGAGCGCGACGAGUGGCGGGCCAAGAAGGAGUUGGGUGUACCGCUAGAGGUCAUCUGGCGAGAGAUGGGCUAUUCGCCGGAAGAGAUUGCCGCCAUGAAAGAGACUGAAGAGUAUCAAGCUAGGGUUGGGUUGAUGCAGCUUGGGUUGGGGGCUGACGAGGGCUAA